AUGUCCGGCUGUAAAGUUCAAGCAUACGACAGGUUGGAAGCAUUUGGUGCAAAGGUCUCUCUUCUCUUCAGUCUCUCAAUCGGACCGGUCGAAUUAGGCAAUCGGGGUACCGGACGGGGAGGAUUUAAAACGAUCGGUAAGAAGUGUUGGGAAGAAGCAGAAGACAAGAGAAGGCGGCAGAUGUCUGGCCGAAUUGCUGUAAAGCUCAAACAUACGAUAGUUCGAAGGGGAACGUUAGAGGCGUUUGGUGCAAAGAUUCUACGGGGAGGGCUUAAAGUGCUCGGUAGGAAAUGUUGGGAAGAAGCAGAAGGCAGGAAGUUUUGGGAAGCUAAAGAUAUGCUGGAUAAAUUAGUACGUGAAGCGAAAUGGUGGGGUGAGACAUUUGUUGGUCUUGCUAAGGUUAUAGCUAGCCCUAAUGCUCCUAUUCCAGCAACUGAUAUUCACCCUCGUCAACCAGCUAUUCCGAGUACACCUGCUGAAGGAUUUCGAUCGUUUCCAUUUCGUUGGUGGUGGAAACUAUGUCCGUUUAAUAGAAAUAUCGUUCUCUGGAUGUCGAUACUGCUUCCAAUAUACAUAGCCAAGUUUCCACCAGAAAUUUGGAAAGCCAUGUUGAUACAUCAAAUUCCGGAGCAUAUGUCUUUGCAUAAAAGGCGUGGGAAAGCACAGCGCAUUCAGGACGAAUUGUAUUUUGCAAAAUACGACCCACUGAAAGAAAAAACUCCAGUUGGUGUUAGAAAAUAA